UCGAAGCUGGUGUCGCUGUCAGUGCGCGGAGUCACACGGUUCGCCUGGUAUUGUUGGGUACCGACGCUCAUGAUUUGGAGCUUUUACAGAAUUUCAUGAAUACCCCCUGUGUGCUUAUCGCAUGGAUUGAAAUCCACGAUCCUGAUGUGAAAGAGGGGAAGAUCCAGAACAGAGCCGCUUUCUUGAAUCCUGACACCCAUACAACUCUUGACAAUACCCAUUUCAAGUGUCACCGAAAAACUGUCAGAAGACUUGAGCCAUGCCCUGCGUCCAGGCUCAGUAUGGAUCAUCACCUCAAGGAGCUAGUCCUGCUUCCCAGAGCUACAGCUACCAUACCGCAGGAGAAUACAGCUGCGACUUCUUAACACCUGAGUUUGUGAAGUUUAGCAUGGACUUGACCAACACUGAGAUCACAGCUACCACUUCUCUCCCAAGUUUCAGUACAUUCAUGGACAACUAUAACACCGCUUACGACGUUAAACCGCCCUGUCUGUAUCAGAUGCCGCAUUCUGGAGAGCAGUCCUCUAUCAAGGUGGAGGACGUCCAGAUGCACAACUACCAUCAGCAGAGCCACCUGCCUCCUCAGUCGGAUGAAAUGAUGGCUCACUCUGGGCCUAUGUACUUCAAACCCUCCUCUCCUCAUGCCCCGACCACACCAAACUUCCAGGUUCAGCCCAAUCACAUGUGGGAGGAUCCUGGAUCUCUCCACAGUUUCCACCAGAACUAUGUGGCGGCGACCUCUCACAUGAUCGACCAGCGCAAGAACCCGGUGUCGAGGCUUUCGCUGUUCUCCUUCAAGCAGUCCCCCCCCGGUACUCCGGUUUCCAGCUGUCAGAUGCGGUUCGACGGCCCGCUCCACGUCUCCAUGAACCACGACAACCCCGGCGCGCACCGCGGCCUGGAUGGCCAGAGCUUCGCUGUGCCGAGCGCCAUAAGGAAACAGGCUGGUCUGGCCUUUCCACACUCUCUGCAGCUCGGCCACGGGCACCAGCUGGUGGACAGCCAAGUGCCAUCGCCCCCGUCUCGAGGAUCUCCGUCAAACGAGGGUCUGUGCGCCGUAUGUGGGGACAACGCAGCCUGCCAGCAUUAUGGAGUGAGAACCUGCGAGGGCUGCAAAGGAUUUUUCAAGCGCACCGUUCAGAAAAAUGCAAAAUACGUGUGUUUAGCAAAUAAAAACUGUCCUGUUGACAAACGCCGGAGAAAUCGUUGCCAGUUCUGUCGUUUCCAGAAGUGCCUUGUCGUCGGAAUGGUGAGAGAAGUUGUCCGAACGGAUAAUCUGAAAGGUCGACGAGGACGGCUACCCUCCAAACCCAAAAGCCCCCAGGAGCCCUCCCCACCCUCGCCGCCUGUGAGCCUCAUAAGCGCACUGGUCAGGGCCCAUGUGGACUCCAACCCCUCCAUGUCUGCUUUGGAUUAUUCCAGAUUCCAGGCAAACCCUGACUACCAAAUGACUGGAGACAACACGCAGCACAUCCAGCAGUUCUAUGAUCUCCUGACGGGCUCCAUGGAGAUCAUCCGGAGCUGGGCAGAGAAGAUCCCUGGCUUUUCUGAUCUGCCGAAGCAGGAUCAAGAUCUCCUGUUCGAAUCAGCCUUCCUGGAACUUUUCGUCCUGCGACUGGCAUACAGGUCCAAUCCUGUGGAAGGCAAACUUAUUUUUUGUAAUGGCGUGGUGCUACACAGGCUACAAUGCGUCCGCGGAUUUGGAGAGUGGGUGGACGCAAUCGUGGAGUUUUCUUCCAAUUUGCAGAGCAUGAACAUAGACAUCUCAGCUUUCUCCUGCAUCGCAGCUCUGGCCAUGGUAACAGAGCGACAUGGGCUUAAAGAACCCAAGAGGGUGGAGGAUCUCCAAAACAAGAUCGUCAACUGCCUCAAAGAUCAAGUGACAUUCAAUGGGGGUGGAUUGAAUCGUCCCAACUACCUUUCAAAACUCUUGGGAAAGCUUCCUGAACUGCGCACACUAUGUACCCAAGGUCUGCAGCGUAUCUUUUACUUAAAACUAGAAGACCUAGUCCCUCCGCCAGCAAUAAUUGACAAACUUUUCCUCGACACCCUACCUUUCUGAGUCUGACUCGAUGGCGAGACCUCAAAGAACUUCCAAAAGACUGUUUUGAGUCAGACUUGGCAGAUUUUUAACCUAUUAUUUCUGAAUAUUUGCAAGCUCCGUAGCUUAUAGAACAACAGUACCCUAUUAUGAGUAAAGAGUGAUGGGGGAGAAUUAACAAGAGCAAGAGGCAGAAAGUGUGAUUGCAAUGUUAGGCCUUUUAAUUCUUUGAAACUGUUUUUCCUUUUUUUUUUUUUUUUUUUUUUUGAGUGCCAAACAAGUGAAACAUGACGGGGAGGUUCGCUCCACUGGACAAAUUGCCGACAAAUUUAAUCCGGUCUUGCAGUCAUUCACUGUUUAUUUAACAUCGGCUCUACUGAUUCUGCAUACUCAGAUGUAAUAUAUUCCAUUUAUAUAUACGAACACACACACGCACACACACACUGUAUAUUAUGAUAGAUUAUGUGAUGCCACCAAUGCAUCAAUUUAUAACGUGUACAAAGUUUGUUAUAAUGAAAAGAUUAAUUUUCUUUUCUUUUCUGACUCGUGCCUAUGUGUUUCUGACAGGAUCCCAAAAGUAUCCAGAAAAGACAACGCAUGUUCUAGGUUUUUUUUUUUCUUUCCUUUUUCUUUUUUUUAUAGGCACUUGCUGAGGUGAUGUCUAUAUAUAAUAUAUACCGGACACUAUGUAGUCUGCUAGAUUUGAUACAGAUUCGUAGUUAUGGCACUCCUUUUACGUAUGACGCAUAUGUGGAAAAUAUCUCAUCUGUAUAGAAAAUGAGGGACCCAUGGUGUUUGUAAAACUGUCAGACAUUCCUUGUUUGUAUGUGCUGUAAGUAUUGUUGCUGUUGAAUAUAAACGUUUCUAUAUAUUUAUUAUUUCUAUUGCCAAGAGCUACACUAAGCAUGGUGCAAUUUAAACGAUUUCCAACCAUCCAAGUUCAUGCUGAGCACGUUGUCUAUGUUUUAUGUCUUAUAAACGUCUAGGUAGUUAUGAUUUAACACGUUUGGAAAUGAAAAUCCCCAUCUUAUAUCAGAGAUUCAUGAGUGUGUGAUAGGCCCACAUCUUUGACAUCAUGAUGUACUUACAACUUCUGUAAGGCAUUUGGUGCCGAGCUCAAAAACUUUAGAGAGAAAGAAAUAUUUAAUGUUUACAAAUAAAACUUUUAAAUCAAUUCUUUGCUAAAUAGUUUCUCUGAAAUUAAUUUAUUCUGCAAAUCCACACCUCUCAGAUUAAAAAAAAAUGUCUUACUUGUGCACGAAUGAGAAAAUAAAUAUUGUCAUCAGCGCUUACAGGCCUGUCUGCAAAAACACAAUACUUUGCAAAUAAUUAUAAUAAUAACAAUAAGGCUUUUUUUUUUUUUAAUUUAAUCUAAAUGCAAAAUUGUUUGGAUUUAUUUAUCACUCAACUGAGUUUCACAUUUUCGCAGACGACGAGUAGGCCUGAGUUGGUUCCAUUUUAAUCUGAAAUUCUUUUAUUUUAUCUAAACAAACAUUUGUUUCUGAGUCUUCAAAUAAUUUAUUAUAUGAACAUUUAAGUCGGUUAAUUUAAGCCGACAAUGAGCGGAUAUUUUCUGGAAAAAAAUAAAAAAAAUACAGUUAAGGAAACAUUUACCCUGAAUGGAAGGUUUACUUUCAGUUAUUUGAGAAAUGUUAAAUAAUGUGUGGUCAUUUUUUAUUUAAAUUUAGUAAUGACGAUUCCCUACACAUAAAAAUAAUUUGAGUAAUUAUUUUAGGAGAACAUUCUAAAAUUCACAACAGAAACAUGUAUGUCUUUACUUGUUGCCUGAGAGUCAAAGAAUCAAAUAUUGAAAGUUUUUUUUUUUUUUUUUAAGAAAUCUCUUCGCCUUUUCUUUGUCCAGACACAGACCUGAUCCUUCCACACCUAAAGUCAGACACUGAUCUUUUAAAGUGAGUACAUUUUGACUCCAAAAAAGGCAGAUUUCUUGCAGAUGACAAAUAAAGACAAAACACAAUCGAUUCCAUGUGAUGAACAACACGCUGCGUAAAGGCGCAACAGGAUUACGCACGGGUUUAUAACUUUACUCCGCGCUUCAAAUCGUAGCCCUUCACUGAUUUUGUAUUUUCUUCACUAUUUGCACAAACAGAUGGCUUAUUUCUGCAGAUGUAAAGUAAAGGUUUUUCUAUCAGGAGGCUUAGAAAUCGGCCCAACUGUAAUGCAUGGCCUUGUUUGUUUUAACGCUCUUUUAAAGUAAGCCUGUUAUUACCGUCAGACCCCCCCCGCCCCCCCCGGGGAGCGUAAGACCUGCCUUUACCGACCAAUAAUGAUCCCAGUCAAUUGAAAAAAAAAAAAAAAAAGAAAGAAAAGAAAGAAAGAAAAAAAAAGAAAGAAAGAAAGAAAAAAAAAUCUCUCCUUUAUCUGCAUUUACCGAUUUCCCCCGAAAGCCACAUUUCCGCUUUGACAUGUUGCUGCUCAGAUGUGUACAUCGCAGUGUUUGGGCCUAAUUGAGGAAAUUAAAGUCAUUUAGGAACGUAUAUAAAACGGAACUGAUUGCUGUGCACGAAGUGAAGCAGUGCCGCUGUCAAAUCCCCUUUACUUUCGACUAUCAGAUCAGAGAAGUGACGCCAGGCUCUGAGGCAUGUCUGGGACUUAUCCACAGCGAUUCCACAUUUAUCACAUGAUCAAGAUGAAGGGAACAGCUUAUUUUGAGAGAUAUUAGCAGCAGGCAAUAAAUUGUCUAAAUAAUUAGAUCGUCACUCUAAAGUGCUAAUUCCAAGGCAAAUUGGGAUUACAUUCAGAACCAGUUUGCUGACAUUUAGCAGAUCUGUUGAAAGGGUUCAUUACAAUGUCAUAAGUUUCCAGUAUUGACUCAAAGUACAGUUAGGUUUUAAAUAAUGUCUAUCUCAACACAAUAAAACAUGACACAUGCA